CUUGCUGCUCGCUCUGCAGACCGCUGAGCUGUACAUUCUCGGUCCGAGGGGAAGUGGAGCAGCCAUGCCGCACUAUCAGACCUGGGAGGAAUUCACCCGCGCGGCCGAGAAACUCUACAUGUCCGACCCCAUGAAGGUGCGUGUGGUACUGAAAUAUCGGCACUGCGAUGGUAAUCUGUGCAUUAAAGUAACAGAUGAUGUAGUUUGUCUGCUCUAUAGGACGGACCAGGCUCAAGAUGUAAAGAAGAUAGAGAAAUUCCACAGUCAACUAAUGCGACUCAUGGUAGCCAAAGAAUCCCGCAGUGUUGUCAUGGAAACAGACUGAAUAGCUGGAAGUAAAAUGAAUGCUCCAGUCAUAUUUCACAGGAGGAAAAUAUCAUUGGAUUUGGGCAGAUUUUUUGACAAAAGAAGUGUGGCAUAAAGUGGAUUGUAAAGGGGGUUUUGUAAGGAUUUUCAGGCUCCACUUCAGAGUGGUGAGAAGACUAUAUGCUUUCAUUUGAAAGCCUCUAUUUAUUUUUUUUAAUUUGAGCAAAAGAGUAUAUCCUCUGCUGGAAAUACUGAAGGUUAAAAUACGUUAGGGUAGAUUUGUACUUUUCUUUUGUAAAUCUCAGCACUCUGCUUAAAAAUAAAUGGGAGGAAGCACGUGUGCUCCUCUGAGGGGACUUCAAGAUGCUAUCAUAGAGGAGUUUUUGCUUGUUCUUAAUGAAUUUUAUGUUGCUGUGUUGGCUAAAGUGAGAAGAACAAUGAAUUCCUAAUGUAGAAAUGGGGUAUAAUAAGCCUUUAUGUAUGGAUAUAUAAUUGAGUUAGCGAUAGCAUCUUCCAAAACAGAUUAAAAUUGCCAAAAUGAAUAGUUGGCAAUACAGCUAAGCCUGUGUAUAAACAUUUUAUGGAUCUGAAAAACAUACUGGCCUGAAAAUCAUCAAUAUAUAUUGACUACUUAGUAGUUAUCUAAAAUUUGAUAAGGAAUAAACUUCUGUUCAUGGCAGACAAGUGUUCACAGCAACAAAUUCAGGACUUUAUUUGGAGUGUUUUAUUCUGGAUUCGCCCAAUGUGGUUUGUUGCAGCUAAAACAUCUGUAAAAGUUUUUAAAAUGUCCUUUACUACAUUGCUUUCACUUUUUAAGCUUUAAAUAUUUUUGUUGUUAUAAAGGUAUCAUAAUCACCAAACACUAAUAUUGGUGCUACAAUAUGAGUGGUAUUACAUAUUGUUUAAUACAGCAGUCGAGAGAGGGAAAGCUUACCUACUACAUAAAUUGUAUGUAUGUAUGUAUGUUCUUGGUGUCAAAUCAUAACUGUUUUCAUGUUGCCUCUUCUCCAAGAAAGCAGUCUUUUCAUAUUGUCCUCAUAUGCUGUAGAAACCAUUACAAGGGGGGGUGUUGGUUACACAAGUAUGCUUCAUACAGCAUGGUGAAUUGUCUGAUGCCACUUCAGGUGCUGAUAUGAGAUCAGCAAAAUAAAAUACUUGCCAGUACAACU